AUGCAACGAAUCGCUUCGGAGGAAAAUCAGUUGUCGAAAUCGUCAUCGCAUUUAGCACUUCUUCAGAGCAACAUACAUCAGCUGGAACAAUAUAAGAGAAAUUGUGAUAAACGAUUGAAUGAUCAAGAAAGUAGUUUGCAAGAAUUGGAAAGUGACAUAGCGUUGUUGAUGGAUGAAAAGCGUGAACUGAAGGAACGAUGCAACCAAAUGAAACGUCUCAAUGAUGAAGCGAUCGCUGAGAAUACAAAACAUUUAAAUGAAAUUCAUGAAUUACGUUGUCGACUGGAACGUUGUGAAGAGAAAGAGAUUACAAGUGCACGUGCACAUCUUGAUGAAAUUGAUACGUAUCAAAAAUUGCUGAAGCAAAAA